AUGAUGCCAGUUGUACCAGCGCAAAUGUGGAUGGUAAUUGUCGUCACUCUCUCCCAGUCUAGCAAUAGUUUGCAAUGCACGUUCACGAAAGUAUCAGGCGUCUUCAAUCUAUCUUUGAUAGCUACUUAUAACGGCACAGCCGAGCCCGAGUGUUUUAGCAAAUGCUCCGUGGAUAAGGAGUGCACCUUUUUAGAUUACAAUGAGGGUCUGUGCAGAACCUUCAAGUCUGGGAGUGAUGUGCACGAGCUUGGAUUCAACAGCCAAGCUUUUGCAUAUUCUUAUGAGAUGAUGGAUACAACGUGCAGAACUGAAAUGGUAUCAAAGCCGCGGCUUAACCUACAAACAACGACUCCGAAACAUGCAUAUCCAUGCAGUGACGGCAGUGAUUACGACAUUGGGGAAGCAUUAAUAAAGGGGAAUUUGCUGGAAGCACCAGAUAACCUGACUGAAUGCUGGUUUGACUUCAUGAUGCAACAAUUAGAGGCUGUUUACCAUGACGAGUUCAUAUAA